GAUACUUUACGAAAUUGGAUUUGCAAUUAUAAUAUUGCAGAGUAUAUCAGUUGAUAUAAGCACCUACAAGAGAGCUCUCAAAGAACAAGGAAGUGCUGAUGUAGCGUAUGCUCGUCUUAUGUUACUGGGAUCAGCUGGUACUGGCAAAACGUCUCUCAAGCGUUCAUUAAUGGAAGAACCUUUCAAUCCUCAUACUACAAGCACCAUUGUAUCUGAUGUAUCGUCCGUACGACCAUUUGGGCAUGAGUGGCAAACAAUGAGAGGGAAAAAAUGGAGAGAAACCACAGAUAAAGAUGAAAUUGAAGAGCUUGCAUAUUUGUUUAAAUCCUUUCAAUCUAAACAAUCCUCGCACCAUAGAUCUAUACUGAGUGCACAAUAUUCUCAUGAUGAAUUAAUUUCUACAAGUUCUAUAACUUCCGUUUUGGGUAUAGAGAGUAGUUUUAUCCAAUCAAUACUAAGGAGAGCUACACCUGGUGAACUAUCUUUUUUGUCAUCGUUGUCACAAUCAACUGUUCAACCAUUUCUUCAUAUAUGGGAUUGUGGUGGUCAGCCAGUGUUCCUUGAGAUUCUCCCAGCCUUCCUCACUCCUCGUACAAUGUUUCUUCUCCUGUUUGAUGCUUCAAAGGAUUUCAGGAAAAGAUGGCAGUCACGUCAGAAUACUCCUGAUGGUAAAGUGCUGUUUGGUGAGGUAGUGAAUGAAAGCACGAGUGAUCUAAUGGCCAAAUGGAUGUCUACAAUACACAGUCACCUCAUGAAGCACAACAAAGAUAAUACCUCUUCUUCUAGUCUCUAUUGUAUUGGCACUCGUGGUGACAAGUUGAAUUCAGAAGGCAAGAAAGAAGUAAAGCAGCAAAUGCAGUCCCUGUUUGAGGAGAAAGAUUUCUCAGAUCUUAUCAAAGAUGUGCUAAUCAUUGAUAAUACGACCUCAGGCAGAGGUGAAAAAGAAGAUCCAAGCAUCAAAGAAUUACGCAAAGCUAUUGAUGGUUUUAUCAAAAAGUUAGUUGUUCCAACUCCUGUCAAUUGGGUUCUAUUUCGCAAAGUUUAUCAAGAGCUAAAGCAGAAUGUCAUUAGUGCAUCUGAUGCUAUUGCCAUUGGAGUGGCAUGUCAUAUACCAGCAGCUGAUGUUCCUGAAGUAUUGAAAUUCUACCAUGAGCUGGGAGCUCUUCUUUACUAUCCUCAAAUAGAAGGUCUGAAGAAUAAAGUCAUUCUCAGUCCAAAAUGGUUUGUUGAUACCAUUGGGAAGGUGUUCAUGUUCCCACUAGAAAGAGGAUGGAGCAAAGAAGAUAGAUGGUCGUUGUUUCAAAAUAAAGGUAUUCUUGUUCAACCACUCUAUCAAGAAGUAUGGCAGUCAAGUGGUAUUGAUCCAGAAGAAAUAAUUGAACUUUUAGUUUAUUUUCGUCUUGCAGCUCCAGUUCAAACUGAGCUUAGCAGAUUCAAGCAAUAUUUUCUUCCAGCAGUGCUACAAGGAUACACAGGUGAUCCUAAUGAAGUACGACCUGGUUAUGAGCUAAGAGCCUCACCUGUACACAUUACAUUCUCCACUGGGUAUGUACCUCCUGGUUUCUUCACUCGUUUGGCAACCACUGUUGCUACUGAUGCCAAUGUUAAACUCAAAGUAGCACACUCUAAACUUGAGAUAAAAAGUAUCUAUCGUAAUCGUGUCUGCUUCUCUUAUGGUCGUCCUUCUGAUGAUUUUGUUCUCAUUGAUAUUAAUGAUGCUAUUCAUGUUAAUGUAUUGAGAUAUGUCCCUGAAUGUAGUCAUCCUGUGCCUUUCAAAACAGUUUGUCAGAAAAUCAUGAAAUUGCUUGAGGAAUGUUGUCAACAAGUAGAAGACACUCUCACUCUUUACCAUAAUGGUAACAAUGCCGAUCAAUCAAGAAAAGUACAAUAUGUUUGUCAAUGCAGUCCUUCCAGUGAUGUCCAUUACAUUAAUGACAUUGAUGCUGAGAAGCAGCUAUGUUCCGAGUUUGUUCACUGCGACAUGGAAACUAUUCCUCGCCGCCUAACCAGUAAUGAGUUACUGUGGUUUAAAGAGGUAUUCCAUUUAUUAAUUUCACCAUUUAACUCCCUCACACAGAUCAGUGUACGUGAGUCCAAUGAUCAACAAAAAGUUACAAGUAUAUUGACUAUCACAAAUCUACUUGAUAUCAUACGAGUGUUAGAAAAGUGUAACUUUCAGAAUCGAAAAUGGCGUAAACUUGGUCUUUGCUUGGGUCUGAUUCACCCUGAAUUGAAGACUAUUGAGGAUAAUUAUCCACGAGAUGCUGAGCGAUGUCUUGAAGAAUGUUUAGCAAAAUGGCUUACAGUUGAUAUUGAAGCAACAUGGGACAAACUUGCUAUUGCUGUUGAUGAAGUAGGAGAGAUAUUAGUUGCUGAAUAUAUAAGAUCAACAAAAGGGCUUUAAUGGUAUGCCAAGAUUUCAAAUUAAUUAAAACUAUAAUUACAUAGUUACAUUAGAAUAAACCUAUAAUUAUUAGUAGUUGCUAUUUUUAGUGUGCAAUGCUUAUCUGCUGCAAUGUAUACAAGAAGAUAUUAAGUAGUUAGUAUUCUGUUGUUAUGUAAACAGCUACAUUUAUACUUCAUUAUAUUUUAACAUUUUAAUAAGUGUACAGUUUUCUUUAAAUAAAAUGUUUUAUUCUACCAUGA